UUCAGAUGUUGUGUAUUUAACAAGUUUGACUGACUUUUUCAUCUUUCUUGGGAAAAUUGUUUUGAAUGUAUUUAUUGAUUUUUUGUUUACUUUCAACUUCUCUAUGAUAUUAAUACAUUUUGAAACAUAUUUGAUAAAGUCUCAAACAAACUUUGUAGACAAAUUUGAUGACGUCUCACACUUUUGCUUGAUUAGAAGUUCAUUUGUUGUUCUGUAGAUUCAACACUAAGAGCGAAGUGGCAUUGAAACCGAGUUUCUCUGACCUUCCAUCAAGUCUUUUGGAAGUAAUAAUGUCUCGUCUUGUGUUAAAAGAUAACAUCAUUGCAUCAGCUUCUUGCAAAUCAUGGUGUGAAGCUGCACUAUCCGUUCGGGUAGUGGAAAAGCAUCCUUGGCUGCUGAGCUUCUCUAAACGUAGCAGUUUAUUUGAGCUCCACGAUCCGGUACAGUCGAAGUCGUACACUUUGAAUCUGCCAGAUCUAGCUGAGUCAACCGUGCGCUACUCAUCACACAGCUGGUUACUUAUGCACGCAUCUACCACAAAGGACUUGUUUUUCUUCAACCCGUUUACUCGGGAGCUCAUAAGCUUGCCUAAGUCUACGCUACCAUUCCAGGCAAUCGCAUUCUCUUCUCCUCCUACAUCUGAUAAUUGUGUUGUGGUAGCCUUAAACUUUAAGUUGCGGCAGCAUUAUGUCACCAUCAGCACUUGCCAUCCUGGAGCAACUGAGUGGAUUACCGAGGCCUUCCCUGCCGCUUUACUAUAUUAUAUGAAGAGCAAGCUUGUCUAUCUCAAUGAUCGAUUCUAUUGUUUUACCUUUGGUGGAGACUCCUUGUAUUCCUUUCACCCGUCUUCCAGGACAUGGGUUUGUCUUGCGGAUGUAUAUCACUAUCAUCAACUGCAAGGUGGGUGGGAGAGGAGAGAAACUUUCUUGGCAGAGAAGCAAGGAGAGCUCUUUCUCGUGUUUACUUGUGGCAAGGAAAAACCAGUGGUGUUUAAACAAGGCUCUUUGCAAUGGGAGAAGAUGUCUAGUACUGAGCUUGAUGGCUUCACAAUCUUCUUCAGUUCUUAUUACUCUCAGAUUAGGACUAAUCUUCCAUGGAUGAGGAAAAAUCUCUGCUCCUUAAGGUUUGGUAACAACCGCAUGCGUUGUCUCUCCUAUUCUUUUGAUAAAAGCAGGUACAAUCCACAUAAGGGAAGUCUGAGCUGGCUAAAACUUGUUUCUCGUCCAAAGUGCCUCUGGAUCGAUCCGCCCGAUAAUGUUUUAGACUAUUUGGGUUGAUUAGUUUUAUUUCUUCAAAUAGAAAAAGUAGUCAUCCAAUACUGCUUUGUUUCAUCCAACAUUGUUGUUGUUUUUUUUGUCUGCUUUUGUGAAAGUUUUUUUCUUCCUUACUUUUUUCUUUUACUUGAUAAAGAGCUGGGCUAGCCAUAGUAAGUUUGGCUCAUUUUACAUCCCUUGUUCACCCACACAAAGUUUAAAGAAACUUGUUAACAUUAUUAUGAAGGUUUGGGGGUUCCAAAAACAAAAACAGUCUUCUGAAACAGAGAAUUUAUUUUGACAUGGUGAGCAUGUAAAUCUUUAAGGUUAAAUAUAAGGCUGUGAAAGCUAAAACAAGCUUCAUAAGGAAUGAAUUGGGCAUAAGGAAAGAACAAAACCUAUCAUGAACACCAAACCAGCUCUACUUUGGUUACUGAAGGAAAAAGCAGAUGAGACAAGAAGUGGUCAUGCUCCUCCAUACAACGUAGUUCAACUAAUCACCCUUCAGAAUUGAUUAUGUAGUUUUGGAUCCAAGGAAGCAAUGUGUCCCUACGUAAACAGCUGUGUAAUAUUCUAGGGUUUCUACUUUACAAUAUACAUUAUAUAGAAUUUUAUUGUAACACCGAAAUGGAAAAUAAUGAAAAGCUAUGAAAUAUUAACUUCGGCUUCAUUAUCUUCAAGCGUUUACGCUUUCUCUGCUUUACUCCUUUUUUGGGAGGUUUGUGUGCACAGGUGAACCAUCUCUUCUAGAGAGCGCAAUUCUGAAAAGUACAAGCUGAAGGAAGAUCGUUAUUUAAGUUCUCUAGUAUGUCCAAGGCAAACCAUUGUGUAUGACAUAUAUUCAGGUCUCUAGUAUUUUCACUUCA